AUGACAAACCUCGGGCGUCUCGCCGCCGUCCUGGCAGCAACACCGGCCGUCACGGCAAUCUACAUCAACGGAUCCGUCACUGCUCCAUGCGACUCUCCCAUCUACUGCCAUGGCGAUCUCCUCAAGGAGAUUGAGCUCGCGCGGCCCUUUGCCGACUCCAAGACCUUUGUAGACAUGCCGGCUCUCAAACCUCUCGAGGAAAUCCAAAGCGCCUUCGCCAAGCUCCAACGGCCCAUCACCAACAACUCGGAGCUGCAUGACUUCCUCACAACCUACUUCGCCGACGCGGGCCACGAGCUGCAGGAGGUGCCCACGUCUGAGCUCAAGACCGACGCCCGGUUCCUCGCCUCCAUCAACGACACCGUCAUCAAGGAGUUCACCCAAAAGGUCAUCGACAUCUGGCCCAGCCUGACGCGCUCCUACAACGCCUCGGCGGCCAGCACGUGCGCCGACUGCCCCAACAGCUUCAUCCCCAUCAAGCGGCCCUUUGUCGUGGCCGGCGGCCGUUUCCGCGAGCCGUACUACUGGGACUCGUACUGGAUUCUCGAGGGCCUCCUGCGCACGCGCGGCUCCUUUACCGAGAUUGCCAAGAACACCAUCGAGAACUUCCUCGACUUUGUCGAGCAGUACGGCAUCGUGCCCAACGGCGCGCGCGUCUACUACCUGAACCGCUCGCAGCCGCCCAUGCUGUCGCAGAUGGUGAAGCUCUACAUGGACCACACCAACGACACCAGCAUCCUGAAGCGCGCGCUGCCCCUGCUCGUCAAGGAGUACGACUUCUGGAUGGCCAACCGCACCGUCGAGGUCGCGUCCGGCGGGCAGACGUACACGCUGAACCGGUACGCCGUGGAUAACACGGAGCCGCGGCCAGAGUCGUACCGCGAGGACUACGAGACGGCGCGCAACUCGUCCUACUACGCCGAGUCGGGCAUCAUCUACCCGGAGACGCACAAGCUCAACGCCUCCGAGUACGAGGACCUGUACGCCAACCUGGCGACGGGCGCCGAGAACGGCUGGGACUUUAGCUCGCGCUGGAUCGCGAACCCGCAGGACUCGGCGCGCCAGGUGUACUUUCCGCUGCGGACCAUGAACGCGAGGAACGUGGUGCCCGUGUGCCUCAACUCGAUCCUGUACGGCAACGAGCUCGCCAUCGCGGGCUUCUUCAACGCCAGCGGCAACGCCUCGGCCGCCGCCGCCUGGGAGCAGCGCGCCGCCGACCGCAGCGCCGCCAUGCACGCCGUCAUGUGGAACGACACCCUCUUCAGCUACUUCGACUUCAACCUCACCUCGUCCAGCCAGAACAUCUACGUCUUUGCCGACGACGACGCCGCCUCGGUCGACGCCGACACGCGCGGCGCGCCCCCCGGCCAACAGGUCCUCUUCCACGUCGGCCAGUUCUACCCCUUCUGGCAGGGCUCCGCGCCGGCGCACCUCCGGAGCAACCCCUAUGCCGUCAAGACCGUCUUCUCGCGCGUCGCGGCGUACCUGGCCAGCCGCAAGGGCGGCAUCCCCGCGACCAACCUCAAGGGCGGGCAGCAAUGGGACCAGCCCAACGUGUGGCCGCCCCUGAUGCACAUCCUCAUGAAGGGCCUGACCAACACGCCCGCCACCUUUGGCGCCGAGGACCCGGCCUACAGGGACGUCCACGGCCUGGCCGUCGCCCUGGCCCAGAGAUACCUCGACUCGACGUUUUGCACGUGGUACGCCACGGGGGGCAGCACCUCGGAGACGCCCAAGCUCGACGGGCUCGGGGACGACGACCACGGCGUCAUGUUUGAAAAGUACAGCGACGAGUCGACCAACGUGGCCGGCGGCGGCGGCGAGUACGAGGUCGUCGAGGGGUUCGGCUGGACCAACGGCGUGCUCAUCUGGGCCGUCGACGUCUUCCGCGGCGAGCUCAAGAGGCCCGAGUGCGGGGACCUGAGUGCCGCCCGGCACGACGGCGCCAAGGAGAAGAGGGCGAGGAGCGCGGUUGAGCUGCCUGCCGGGGAUGCCAGGAGGGUCAAGAGAUUUGGGAGGAAAUGA